AUGUGUGGUUAUCGCGGGUGUGCACUUCUGUGGAUCGUUAUUGGUAUAUAUGUGGCUAGUUAUGCCCCAUUCUGGUUUUCGUUUAAAGACAAUAUAACCACGAGCUUGCCGCUUUCCGAAGGUUCACCAAUAUACAAAGCAUGGAUAUCACCUAUAGAUUUAACUUUCAAGUGUUAUUUCUUCAAUGUCACAAAUCCUGAUGAAAUAAUGCAAGGAAGUAAUCCAAAUCUUGACGAAGUUGGUCCAUUUACUUACAACGAAAUACUCGAGAAACAAAUUAUAAACGUAGACGAUGAAAUGGAUGAAAUCGUAUAUACAACAAAAUCAACGUACAGUUUUAACAAGCAUUUAAGUCUGAACUUGUCUAAAAGUGACAAAGUUACUAUAUUAAAUCCUGCAUACAUCGGUACCAUAUCGAUGGCAACUGGUUUACCUCCCGAUUUUAUGGAGAAAUUUGGUAAUAACAUACCGAAACUGUUCCCGAAUCAUAGUAGCAUUUUUCUGAAAGCUAAUCCCAACGAUAUACUUUUCAACGGAGUUAAAGUCUCGUGCAAUUCAAGGAAAUUCCCUGAAUUGAGUCUGGUGUGCAAAACACUGGACAACAAUCAACCACCUGUGUUGAGAAAAACUGACAAGGAAAACACUUAUUUGCUCAGUAUCUUUCAGAGGAUGAAUGAUACUUUUCGCGGGCCAUUUUCUGUCAACAGAGGUCUGAAAAAUGUAACGAGAUUGGGCGACAUAACAUCUUACAUGGGAAAAAGAGUGCAAACAAUAUGGAACUCUGAGAGUUGCAAUACAGUAAAAGGGACUGACACCAUCACUUGGCCGCCAUUGAUAGAACCAUUGCCUUUUGUUUCAACCUUUAUACCAGAUUUAUGCAGAACUGUGGAAGUAGAUUAUGUAGAUGAAGUUUCGGUACACGGUUUAACUGGAUCGCGGUUCGUCAUGAAGGAAAGGGUAUGGUUUUUAAACACAACGCAGUGUUAUUGUUUAAAAGCGAAUAACGUGCCGAAAUGUCUACCACAAGGCCUAGUCGACAUCUCGGAAUGCCUGAAAAUGCCGGUAAUCAUAUCAGAGCCACACUUUUUGCACGGCGACCCGCAACUCCUGAAAUAUGCAAGUGGUUUGAGCCCUAAUGAAGAGGUGCACAGCACUUACAUCAUUGUCGAACCAUGUACUGGAACACCUCUUUCUGGACAAAAAAAGACACAACUGAAUCUAUACUUAGAAAGACAACCGGUAGAGUUGCUCUCAAAUGUCAGCGAGGGCUAUUUUCCACUAAUGUGGUGCGAAAAUGUAAGAAAGUAUAUCGGGAUACAUAAUACAUUACACGGAGUGAUAAAAUGA